AGAGCUUGGAAGCAAAGCACUCUCCUUUGCAGAGAGUGAAAAAAAUUCAUGUCCACAUCCUUUCAAUCCUUCUUAUCUCCUUAAUACUCUCUCAACGAGAAUUAGUGACUAAGAAACUAUCUGGGUGAUUUCUUUUUUUUUUUUUUUAUUUACAAGGUAAUUUUUUUUUUUAGACAGAGAGACGGAAGAGGGUGAUAUGGAGUUUGAGGAUCAGGAAGAGCAUGAGGAGGAAGAGGAGAUAGGGUUGCCGGCGAGUUAUGACUCGUUGGGUAAUUCUUCCCGAGUCAAAAUGACUAGCUCUGCAGGUGAACAAGCAGCGACUGGAGCGGGACCCGUUCAGUCGACGAAGCCAAGGUAUAGAGAGUGUUUGAAGAACCACGCAGUGGGAAUCGGGGGACAAGCGGUGGAUGGGUGUGGUGAGUUCUUGGCUGCUGGAGCUGAAGGAACACUCGACGCGCUGAAAUGUGCCGCUUGUAACUGCCACAGAAACUUCCACCGCAAAGAAUCCAACGACUCAACAACACCGGUUGGAGGAGGAGAACUGUUCUUCCACGGCCACCCUCACCCACAUCACCUCCAUCAUCAGGUGCCGCAAUUCGCUCCGUAUUACAGGACCCCAGCAGGAUACCUCCAUGUGGUUCCACCACAACAACGGCCUUUAGCAUUGCCAUCCACUUCGGGAGGUCAGAGUAGGGAAGAUCAAGAAGAUGUGUCGAAUCCAAGUGGUGGUGGAUUUGGAGGUGGCAGUGGGGGAGGGUCGUCGAGGAAGAGGUUUAGAACGAAGUUCACGCAGGAGCAAAAGGAUAGAAUGCUGGCACUGGCAGAGAGGUUGGGUUGGAGGAUUCAGAAACAUGAUGAAGCUGCGGUGCUGGAGUUCUGCAAUGAGACUGGAGUGAAGAGGCAUGUGCUUAAGGUUUGGAUGCAUAACAACAAGCACACUCUGGGUAAGAAACCCUAGGAAAUGGAAACCAAUCUUCUGGUAGGAAUCAAGGAUUUUAAAAGGAAGAAGUAGGGGGAAAAUUUCUCAAGUUGACAGCUUGGUGAAAAUUCUGGUACUAUCAUCUCAGGAUUUUUAGGUAGUUUUUGUAGGGUUUCUUUUGUUUCUGUUAGUAUUGUUUUCGCUUUUUAUUUUUAUCUUCUUGGAGGGGGGGUGCCGGUGCUGGUGGUGGUUUAUAUGUGGGCAGUAAUGGGGUUGGGAUGGUGAAUAUUAUGUCAGGUGGUUUUAGACUCUAAAGAAGAUUAAUGUUGAUGGCUAUUUUCAGUUUUUCA